CUCAACCCCCUCAGACGAACCUUUAAAAACGUCUCGCGCUCCGAAGCCGCUACUCCCGGAGGAGAGUUUCGCAAACUCGCAGUCAUGGCACAGGCGGACAAGACGAGUGGAGAUCACGUUGGAUUCCCCUUUCCAGACAUCAUCGAGCUUAACGUUGGCGGCCAGGUGUAUGUGACGCGGCACGCGACCCUGCUAGCUGUGCCGAGCUCGCGCCUCUGGACCAUGUUCAGCCAGCGGAGCCCCGCGGAUCUCAGCAGAGACAGCAAGGGCCGCUUCUUCAUAGACCGUGACGGAGCUCUCUUCAGAUAUAUUCUGGAUUACCUGCGGAAUUUAACGCUUGUGUUGCCAGAUUAUUUCAGGGAGAGGGCGAGUCUCCAAAAAGAGGCAGACUUUUUCCAGCUGCACGAUCUAUCUAAACGUCUCCGAUCCUCGACGAGCAAAGAAAACUCCCCGAGCGAGGAGGUGUAUCGUGGCGAUCCUGAGGAAGCUAUGCUUGGAGCUCUUGCGAGCACGAGCCUGGCUGCGUCUCCCGGCAGCACAACAAACCCCUGCUCCCCUUCUCUUGACCCACGGAAGUCGGGCUACAUCACCAUCGGGUAUCGCGGUUCCUACACCAUCGGGAGGGACAUUCAAACAGAUCACAAAUUCCGGCGCGUGGCGAGGAUUACCGUGUGUGGAAAGACGUCCCUCGCCAAAGAAGUUUUUGGCGAGAAUCUGAACGAGAGCAGGGACCCAGACAGACCCCCGGAGAGAUACACAUCCCGGUACUACCUGAAGUAUAACUUCUUGGAGCAAGCCUUCGACCAGCUCUCAGAGGCAGGCUUUCAUAUGGUCGCGUGUAGCUCCACAGGCACAUGCGCCUACACAAGUAACGACCCAAACGAAGACAAGGUGUGGAGCAGCUAUACCGAGUACGUCUUCUGCCGGGACUGAAUGGUCUUCACACGCGACCGCUCUGUCGAAAGCUUUCAGCCAUCAAGAAAUAUCUAUUAGCCUACCAAAAUGUAAACGUCUGCAGACGACAGUGGACCUUUAUGCGCAUAGUCUAUUUAUGAUAAUGGCGAUUUUCUAUCCAGACAUGGAAUUUAUUGCUUAGUUCUGUGACCUGUUAAUAGUUAUAUUCAUAAACAACUUCAGAUUUUGUUUAUUACAAGUUGUUUGUAAAAAAAAAGUCAAUCUUUAAUGCUUUAUUUUGAUUUGAGUGUUAAUUUAGACGCUCAAAAUCUAUAUUUGUCAAACACCUGA